AUGAGCAAUUCCCGCAGAGCAUAUCACACAGAAGAUAUUUAUACAAAGCAGGACUUUAUCAAAGAAAACGAGGAUUCGGAUUUCGAUAGCUUUAGCCCGUAUAAUCAGCAGCAACAGCAGCAGCAGCGAGAGCAGCACCAACGAGAGCAAUUCCAGGAUGGUGAUGUUCCUCUCAAUCCAUUAACCCAGCGUAUUCCACAUACCGCUGGUAAAAUAUUCUCAAACCCAAUAAAGCCAAAGAUCAACCCAGAUCUUCUUCCUUCCCCGGUUGACUCUUUGGCGAGCCAGAUACAGCAAUCAGACGCUAAUUUAAACGCUGACUAUAUCCUAUCUACAUUGGAUGUUCACCAGACUUCUCUCCCUUCCGCUUCUAUCCCCUUCAACUGCACAGACAACGGCUACUCAUCUCCUAACCUACUCCGUUUAUCCACCUACGCGAUACCAGCCACUAAUGACCUCGCAAGAAGCUGCCAGCUGCCACUUGGCAUGGUUAUAAGCCCUUUCAGCGAUAGACCCGCGUCCCAGAUUCCCCAGAUUCACUCUUUUUCCAACUCUCAGUCUGGUCCACCACGCUGCACGCUUUGCAGGGCAUACGUAAAUCCUUCAGUCAAGUUUAUAAAUGGCGGUAAAUACUGGCAAUGUAAUUUGUGUUCCACCCACAACGCUGUAGACGACGAUUAUUUCUCUGCACUCGAUCCACACACCUACACACGCUUAGAUAGGGAGCACAGGCCUGAGUUUAACUUUGGCAGCGUUGACUUUGUUCUUCCAAGACCUUACUAUGCACUCCAACCCCCUCCACCUAUCGGUUUCGAAUCUGCCUACACUGAGACACCACGCCCCCCAACCCAACUUUCAAGACUGUUCUUGAUAGACGUAGGAUUGCAAUCACGCCAAUCUGGUCUCCUCCACACGCUCUCACUCACCAUAAAAGACGCGCUCUACUCCUCCCCCACUCCCCUCAACACUCCUUAUGUUGGUUUCAUUACGUAUGACUCUACACUCCACUUCCACGAUAUGUCAGCUGAACGUGAGGUGCCAUCGCUGAUGAUAGUCCCUGACACCGACGAGCCCUUCAAUCCGCUAGCAAGAGGACUCAUAGUCGAUGUGAAUGCAUCCAAGCACAACAUCCUCUCAUUCCUUGCCAGUCUUCCUACAAUGUUCCGUGAUACGAACCCACGAGGUUCCAUACUAGGUUCAGCGCUGACGGCCGCCAUGGAUGUCUUACGGGAGGUAGGUGGCGAGGUGAAUGUGUUCCAGUCGCAGCUCCCCACUGACGGACUUGGUGGACUGACUGAGCGCGACCCCGCACCCGGCGGCACGGCCUCAGUCAGUGAGCGCGACCGUUCUCUUUACACGAGCGCGAGUACCUGGUGGUCGAACCUAUCUGAGUCUCUCACGGACGCCGGUGUCGGAGUGAACAUGUUUAUGUUCCCCUACAAAUACACCGACGUAGGUACUCUCGCCGCCCUCGCGCAGUACACUGGGGGUGAGUCGUACUUCUACCCCAAAUUCGAUCCGGCGCGCCACGCGCUCAAGGUGCGGGCGGACCUGACGCGCAUUGCUACGCGUGCACUGGGGUAUAAUGCAAGUGUAAAAAUAAGGUGCAGCAAGGGUUUCCACAUCUCACAGCACCACGGCGCUUUCCUAGACCGCAGCUCAGAUCUGACCAUGGGGUGCGUGUCGGCCGACAGCUGCAUGAGCGCUCUCUUCGCUCACGAUGCAUCCUCCCUCACCAAGGGGUGGGGUACAGUGGCGGCUAAUGCGCUGCAGUCCGCCAAAGAGAAGGAUGAGAGCGGUGGUCAUGGGCAGGCGGAUGAGGUGCAUUUCCAGGUCGCAGUGCUCUAUACCGGUGCAGAAGGCGCGAGGAAGGUACGCGUACUUAAUACCAUGGCUAAAUUGUCAGAUGUAGCUGCAACCGUCUUUCGUCAUGCCGAUGUGGAUGCCGGGGCUGUACUUCUGUACAAACAGGCUGCCGCUCACGUCAUUAGUCGCCCCCUCGGCAGUAUUCGCGAUAAACUCAUCGAUCGCUCUGUGCAGGUGCUCGUGGCUUAUCGCAAGCACUGCGCUCAGUCGAACAAAGGCGGUCAGCUCAUCCUGCCAGAAAGCUACAAACAAUUUCCAAUUCUUACACUUGGGAUGAUUAAAUCUAAGUGCUUGAAAGGUGGCGCGGUGGCUUCGGAUGUGCGCUCACAUGCUAUUCGACAAACUCUGAGUGGUACACCCUAUAAACUGCUCCAAGCUAUGUAUCCUCGUGUUCAUCCUCUUCAUAAAGGGGUCGAGAGUGUGCCAGAAUUCAUCCGCGCAAGCUACAAGCGCCUAGAACUUCAUGGAGCAUAUCUGAUUCAUAACGGUGAAUUAGCAAUCAUAUGGCUCGGUAAUCAUGUCGAUAAGCAGAUUGUCAAAGAAAUAUGGAAUGUCGAAUCCAAAUCACAGAUAGAUCAACGAUUGGGAGUAUUACCUGAUUUAGACACACCACUCUCUAUAGCAUUGCGCUCAGUCAUCUACAGAGCUUCAUAUCCUAACCCACCAUCAUCGAUACCCGUCUUGAUCGCUAGGCAGGAUGUGGAUCCUACUGAAAUUGAAGUUGGAAAUAUGUUGAUAGAGGAUGAUAAUAAUGAUGGCAUGUCUUAUGUGGAUCAUAUUUGCCAUAUCCACAAACUCAUCAAUACACAACUUCUCGGUGAAACUCGUAUGGCUGAUGCUGCCGAUGCGGCAACAUGGCGUACUUGGUGA